AUGAGCGUCUCUGUGACACAAACAUUUCACAAGAAAAAUGAGGGCAAUAGGGGAUUCAGACAACAGAGGACUUAUGAUUAUUUGUAUGACCCAGCCUACACAUUGUCAGCUGAUGAGGAACACGCCAGGGAAAACUUCCGAGCUCAUGCCUCAGUGGAUCGAGUGCGGAAGGUCCCAGAGUUUAACUCCAUGUUUAGUAAUCUGACACAUCACCCCCGUGACCCUGUGCCUGCGUUCAUUGAUCGCCGUUGGCAGGGCUAUGUGGAGCAGAAGAGACAGGCCCUGCAGCGACUGACAGGGGUUGUGUCUCAGAUACAUAGACCCAACCACGCAGAUGUGACAGGAGUAGACCGCUGGAAGUUUUUUAAACGUCCUCUUAUUCCUUUCACUCAACAGAUUCCUCCUGAUGUUGUAUUUGCUUUGUCACAAUCUGACCUUCUUUCUGCUUCGUAUGGAGAUGAAAAACGUUCCCCCACUCCGUUCCAGCGGAGCGUGGGAGUUCAGACUGAUUAUCGGGAGAGUGAGACACAGACAGACCCCUUUUCUCCAGACUAUGCGGUUCGUCCUGGGACAGCCCCCACUGAGCUGCUCACACUGGCCACUCUCACAUGGGCAAUGCGGAAGCUGCUGGCAAAACGGAGGAAUGUGGAGGGAAAGCUGGAGAGACGUGAUAUUAUAAAAGAUUACUCAGAUUAUGGGUUUCAGACAUACGCACCUCUGUCUCAGUUUGGCCAGACCUCGGACCGAAAUUCCAACCGCAACAUGGUCAAGAGUCACUUUCUCAGCACGUAUGAAGGUCUGUUAGAACUGGAGGCAGGACAGGGAGAUGAGGAAAGGGAACUGGCCAUUAUCUUUCUGCAGAAAGUGCUCAGAGGAAGAUCCGCGCAGAAUCAGAUGUUCGACGGAAAAGAGAAACGGUUGGAACUGAUCCAAGAACUGCGCACCACCCACGCACUGCAGAAGGAGGAACAGGACAAGAAGGAGGCGGAAAAACAGGUCACACUCGCCCUGCAGAGACAGAGAGACAUCCAGUCUGAAAGAGUGUCUCAGAUUGAGUCCUAUAUAUCUGGCCUGUCUGGAGGAGUGAUAGUGGACAUGCUGGACUUUCUAUCUAAAGAGUUGCUCCGGCUGCAGGAGGAAAGGCGAAUCCAUGCCUUCACCCUACUGGCUGAGAGAAACCGUCGUAUUCGUGAGGCUGAGGAGAGUGGAAGGCGGCAGAUCGAGGAAAGGAGACGCAGAGAGGAGGAUGAGAUAUUUAAACAGGUGGUCAAGGUGCAUCAAGACACAGUAGACAUGUACCUGGAGGAUGUCAUCCUGGGCUCCAUUAAUCAGACAGCUGAUGCUCAGGCCAGAGAGGAGAUUCACCGCAAGGCUGAGGAGCUGAACAACAUCACCUAUGCCAUGGAGGAGAUGAGGAACAGUCAGCAGUCUGAAGCGAUUGUGGCAGAACUCGUCUACAGAUUCCUCAUUCCUGAGGAGCAGAAGAUUACUGUCAGAGAAAGAGUUCGCCAGAGCCAGAGAAGGCAUCUGCAAGCAGUUCGUUCAAUCAUCAGAAGCAGCCCUGGAUCUUCUGCGGUCUCCCAGCCCCCAUCUCCCUCAGACAGAGCCUCCUCAGCAGUCCUGAAUGACAGACUCAGCCAAGUAGAGGAGGCUGUUCCCAGAACUGUGACCCCAAGAGCAUUGUUGGCUUAUAAACACUAG